UUAAUUUCUCAAUGCUGAUCAUCACAUUCAAUGACAGCUACAGACUGAGAAGGAAGACAAGAAUAACAGUGAGUCAUGUCUGACUCUGAGACAAUUGAACUAGCUGGUCUCGGCCGACCCUUCCAGCUGGGGAUGCUGUAUGACUGCCGGAGGGACGUUCUCAUUCCAGGUAUCACACUCUGGGAUGCUGAGAUGCUGCAGAAACAAAUAGAUGUCUCUCCACAACCAAACACGGAAUUCAAAAUGAUUGCUACAGACUCAACUGAACACAAGUCAGAAGCUUUGAAUGUCUCUGCAUCUCUGGAAGCCAGUUUCCUAUGUGGCUUAGUCAGUGUAAAAGGUUCUGCUGAAUACUUACACGACAAAAAGACCUCAAAGCAUCAGUCUAGGGUUACUCUACAGUAUCGUACCACCACUCGCUUUGAGCAGCUGAACAUGGAUCACCUGGGAGCAGGAAAUGUGAAACACAGUAAUGUCUUCCAAGAGGGCUCUGCAACCCAUGUCGUGACUGCCCUGCUCUAUGGAGCACAGGCCUUCUUCGUUUUUGACAGCAAAGUUUCCUCGGGAGAAAACCACCAGGAUAUUCAGGGAAACUUGAAUGUUGCAAUCAAAAGGAUCCCCCUCAUGUCAAUAGAGGGGCAGACAUCACUGAAGAUGAGUGAGGAAGAGCAGAGAGAGGCCAAUAAAUUCAACUGCACUUUCCAUGGUGAUUUUGCACUAGAAAACAACCCUGUCACUUUUGAAGAUGCCAUGAAGGUGUAUGCUGGCCUGUCAAGUCGACUAGGGGAGAACGGAGAACAUGCUGUGCCCAUGACCGUCUGGCUCUAUCCUCUCAAGAACCUGGACUCUGCAGCUGCCCAGCUAGUCAGGCAGAUCAGUGUUAGCCUGGUGCGUCGCGCACAGCGACUCUUGGACGGACUGGACAAUACUGAUGUACAAUGCCAGGACAUGAUGAAGGAAGACAUGGCUAUCAUGUUCCCUGAACUCCAAGCCAAGCUCAACAAGUUCAGGGACUUGUGCUCAGAGUACAAGCUGGUGUUCCAGAAAGGUCUCUGCAAUGUUCUUCCCAACAUAAGAGGAGGAGGAAUGGAGGAGGAAGAGCUGAUCAAAUUGCUCAACAGCAAAGAACGUUCUCCAUUCCAGAAUGACCUCAUGAUCACGUACCUGGACGACAGAGAGAGAGAGAUGAAUGUUGUCAGCUCUUACCUUGACAUAAUGAAAGAGGUACAAGUUGUGUCAUCUAGGGGUGAAUUUGAUAAAAUAGUGCUUGAUCAAGCUAAUGAUUAUGUCAUUUGUUUUGCAUUGUCAUCUUUGAAUGAGGAAGAGGAGUACCUGGGAGACUUGGAGAAGUACUUGUUGGAGGAAUCAAAGAGUGCAGGUUCUCAGUUGCCUUACAACCCCAACAUAGCUGAGAAACCUGGUGCAGAAAAGUGGUUUCACUCUGGGGAGGUAACCACCCUAACCAGGCAAACCAUACAUCUGUUCCUAGACUUCAAAGAGUCAAACAAAGGCAGAGAAAAUCUUGCAUUCUGCAUCGCUUCAAUUCCAGACAAAUUCAUCACUGCAUCCUCCAUCCAUAUCUAUGAAAGAGGGACUCUUUUGAAUCCACAGUUUGAGCUGCCAUCAAAGCCAGGUAUCCCCACCAUCAAGAAUCUGGAGCAUGACUGUAUCCACUUGCAAAUCAACCCUCCCAACCUUGGCGUCAAAUCUGUGGAGUCAUACCAAGUUUUGUACCAGGCUGUGCAGGCUGACUCUGCGUGGACAGAGGUCAACACUGAUGCCACAACGAACCAGGUCACAAUCAAGCAUUUGGACCCCUACAAAGAGUACCGCUUUAGCUGUAGGGCGGUGUGUAGACCUGGUCUGAGCUUCUCCAGUCACUGGACAGAUUAUGUAAGGACCCGCCCAUGCAGUCCUCCUGGACCACCCACAGAGAAGAGCAUAGAGUUAGGCAGCAUCAAGGUGAUCUGGGACAUUCCCACUGUUGUGGGGAAAGAUGUUGCUGUCAUUGGUUAUGUGGUUGAAUACAGAGAGUGUGCAAAAGCUGCAGACAAUCAGAUGUGGCACACCAUCAAAACCACCACUAGAGAGAGUACACUGAAAGGACUGGAGGCUGACACUGCAUACAGUGUCAGAGUGUCUGCUAACUGUGGUGAAGAAGGGAGGAGUCUACCAAGUCCUGAGAUGGUACUGACCAGCAUUGGGGAGUCUGAUAACACACCAAAACCAAGCAAAUUGACAGGAGCUAAAAGUGAGCGAUUCCUCAAACAAUCUCAGAAGUUGCAGAAAGGAAACCCCUCAAUCCAUAAGCUGAUGCUGGGGAAGAAAUUUGGUCAGAAUGAAAGUUUUGACCAGUACAUGUUUGGCCGGAAAGUGGAGCAAGUGAAUAACAAGGUGAUAUUGCUUCUGGGGUCCACAGGUGCAGGAAAAACAACUCUGGUCAAUGUAAUGAUCAACUACAUUCUUGGUGUAAAGUGGGAAGACUGCUAUCGCUUUAAGCUCAUCCAUGAGGUGACCAAUAAGUCACAGGCUGAGAGUCAGACUUCAGUUGUGACAUCAUACGAGCUCUACAACCAGCCAGGUUUUCAGAUUCCUUAUUCUCUGACUAUCAUUGACACACCAGGGUUUGGAGACACCAGAGGAAUGGCACAAGAUAAAUUGAUCACAGAGCAAGUGAAGGAAUUCUUGUGUAACCCCUUAGGGAUUGCUCACAUUGAUGCCGUCUGCUUCGUAGUUCAGGCACCCCUCGUCCGUCUUAGUUCCAAUCAGAAGUACAUUUUUGACUCCAUUCUGUCAAUCUUUGGAAAGGACAUAGCUGAAAACAUAUUGUUGCUUGUGACAUUUGCUGAUGGGAAAGACAUACCAGUGCUAGGGGCAAUCCAAGCUGCAGAGUUGCCCUGUCAGAAGAACAAGAAGGGACUUCCAACUCAUUUCAAAUUCAACAAUUCAUCUUUGUACACACAGAAAAUGGAGGAAGGGGAUAGUUCUGAUGAAGAUGAUUCAGAUGAUGAUGAUGAUGGGGAAGGGCUAGAGAAGAUUGUCUGGAAGUCAACUUUUAAACAGAUGAAGGCUUUCUUCAACACCUUGGAAACCAUUGAAUGCAAAGAUCUGACCCUAACCAAGAAAGUGUUGGAAGAACGUGAGCGUCUGGAAAGGGCCAUGAGCCGGCUAACCCCUCAGAUCACUGCAGGUCUGUCAAUGCUGAAUGAGAUCAAAAGCUUCAAACAGUGUCUGGAGAAUGAUAAUGAGAACAUGAAACAGAACAAAGACUUUGAGACAGAGGUAGAUGUUCUAGUGGCAGUGAGAACCAAAUUAAAUUGUUUUGCUACGAACUGUAACACAUGCCAAUUCACAUGCCACACCUGCUGCUAUCUCACAGAUGAGGAUAACAUCAAAACUUGUGCCGUGAUGGAUGCCAAUGGCAAGUGUGUCAUGUGUCCAGGAAACUGCUCUGAGGGUGUGCACGAAAGGGAAAAAGCCUUAUGGACAUAUGAAACAAAGACAGAGAAAAAGACGAUUCAGGAACUGAAGGACAACUUCAUGAAGGCACAGGGCAAGUUUAUGUCCAACAAGCAGAUGCUGGAGCAGCUUGAGGAUGAGUUCCAUGUGAUCGAGGACAAGCUGAUGUAUUUGAUCAAGUUGUCCUCGAACUGUCUUAAGAGGCUAAAUGAUAUUGCCCUGAAGCCAAGCUCUCUCUCCACUGUGGAGUACAUUGAGAUACUAAUUCGCACAGAGGAGGACGAACGCAAGCCAGGCUUCGAGGAUCGAAUCAUUGGAUUGAAGAAGAUGAAAAAUGAGUCUGAGAUUCUGGAGAAGAUAGCAAGAGGAGAAAAUGUACUUCCAGAUGAGCGACGCAGAAUUCAGCAGAAACAAGACAGACUUAAGAUGAUUGCAACAAGAGUUAAAAAAAUGCAAGACGUGCUCAGAGCUUGGACAGGAGAAACUUAAUUAAUCAAUAAUAGGCACAGGAUACACAUGGUUUAAACAGAACAAUGACAUGCUUACUUGCAGGUUCUCCUCUUGACAUUACAACAACUAAGAAUAGAAAUAAGGGGGAUCUAUGAAAGUAAUAAGUACAUGAAAAAAAACAAUUAAAAACACAGUUUACAAUUUUUUUUAAAGAUGGGAAUAUAAAGGUCUAUUCUUAAUCUGUGUCUGAAGGUUUACACAUUUGUAAAGUCUUUUGAUACUUUGUCAACCAUUUAGUUGACAAAUUUUCACUGAAUCAAAAAGUGAUUUAAUUAAUCUUCUUACUCAAUAUUCAUGACUGACUAUAAAAUGACGAAAAUAUUUUGUGACAAACCUCUGGGGUGGAUAUAGAAAUAUAAUCUACAUAAAAACAAAUGUAUGUGACAGAACAUUAGGAACACCUUUCUAAUAUUGAGUUGCAGCCAAUUUUGCCCUCAGAACAGCCUCAAUUUGUUGGGACGUGGACUCUACAAGGUGUCGAAAGCAUUCCACAGGGAUGCUAGCCCAUGUUGACUCCAAUGCUUCCCAUAGUUGUUUCAAGUUGGCUGGAUGUCCAUUGGGUGGUGGACCGUUUUGAUACACACUGAAAACUGUUCAGCAUGAAAAACCCAGCAGCUUUGCAGUUCUUGACACUCCUAAUGUUUUUGCUCAGUGCGUACUUGAAUACUGGUUUUACUUAAUUAAACAAACACAUUUUUGAAUACAGUAACUAUUACCAUGCAAUUUUGAUUGAUUUUAAUUGUCAACCAACAGAAUAUGACAGUACGUCCUAUAUGCAUUAAUGUGUUAAUUUCAAUGGAAAUGAAGAAUAAAGGCUUUUAAAAUUAAGAA